AUGUCACAGACAAGACAUCUUGUACAUAUAAAGGGUGUAAAUGAUGUAGAGAAUCUAAGUGAUCAUACAUUUCAAACAACAGGUAUACAUGAUAUUGGUAGAGGAGAGACCUUGAACAUCUCCGAGAAGAAGUGUUCAAGAAAGCAACUAUUACUAAAGUUGGAUGAUAAUUCAAACUAUUACUUAAUAGCUAAUGGAGUCAAUCCAUCAUAUAUACGCAAGCAUGAUAAGGAUUACUUUAUGCAGAUGACCAAGGGAGAGGAGUAUAGACUUGAUGAUCAAGAUCACUUCUCUUUACUCUAUGAACACUUGACAUACUUGGUCAACAUUGUACCAAAUCCAUCUUAUGUAUCAACAUCAUCAGGAGCAACGUCUUCAUCAUCAUCGACAUCAACAUCUAUAUCAAUGAAACGAAAGAUGGUUGAUGAUGUGGAUAAUAAUGGAGCAGAUAAUGGUAGUGAUGAUAGGAUAGUUGACAAGAAGAUAAAGGUACAGACUCAUGUUGCUGACCAGAUUGAUCAACCACAACUGCCAGUAUGUCCCUUUGGAACUGGUUGUUAUCGAAAGCACAGUCAUCCAUGGAAUGACAAACCCAAGCCAUCAUCAACUACAUCAUCAUCCGCAUCCACGUCCAUAUCUACUUCUACAUCUACAUCAGCAUCUACAUCAACAUCCACAGCAAACAAACCGUCAUCACCAUCGAUAGCUUCAACCAAGCCAACUCCAUCACCUACAGCAUCGCCUGUAAAGCCAAACAAACAUGUGCCACAAGCAAAUACAAAGUUGCAGAGUGAUCAAUUCGAUGAUCUGAUCUUAUCAGACUCGAACGUUGCCAAGCCAACCAAGGCUCCUCCCGUCGCCAGCACUGUAACAAUCAAACCAUCAUCAAUCUUGAAACCUCUGCCGGCCAAUGCACCGGCCAAACAACCAUCAAACAACAACGCCACAGCCACAGCCACAGCCGCCCCAUCCUCCACCUCAGCUCCAUCAUCAACAUCAUCUCAAACAUCAUCAAUAUCAACUGCCAGAUACAAGAAGAAGAAGAUCAAUCCUUCCAAGCCAAGGACAAUGACAUUCCCAUUCAUAUCCACGUUUACAUGCAGCUUUGAUCCAGUCAAGGCAGCGGACAUUGCCGCCAAGGAGAUCCAUGCCUACCUAUCCUUCCACAAAGGAGAGGACGACAUCAAGCUCACCAUGGUGGUCGACAAGUCCAUUUGCACUGAUCAAUUGAUUGAUCAAUUCAAGAAGGUCACUGGAUCAGACUGGGAAUCUGGAAGAUUCACUGUUGUUGAGCAUGACGUUGUGUCGGACGAACAGUACUUUAACAACAGCAGUCGGUAUAUUGCAACAGAGACGACAUGGAGAUUGAAGAGGACACCUCAGAAUAAGUCUUUGUACGAGUUGCUUGGACCAUCAUUUGAGAAGGAUACAAAGGCACGACAUCCAAGUACUGGCAAGGUGCCCAAUGUCUAUGCCGUGCCCAUCACCGACAAUGACUGUCUGAUGAAGCGAGAGUAUGGCGUGGCGGCAGUCUUCCUUACGAUUGGACCCAACAUGAAUGAGCAGAAGCCAGACUGUCUAAAAGACUACGAUCAAGCCUCCUCACUACUUCGACAAACAUAUCAAGAGCUAUUCAGUGCACUUGACAACUUUGAAUAA